AAACAUUGAACAUUGAUGGGACCAUGAAUGCUUACUUGAUGUUUGCAUUUAGUGAUUAAAAACAUGAUUAUUGUUUAUUUAGCUAAAUUACUGAGGAAGGUCUGUGGUCAAAACAUAUACAAUACAAAAUGACAGUGGAGCUGUUGGUUGUUCAGUUAUGUGACUAAAACAGUUGACAUAGUGGUUAAUGUUUCUCCUUGAUGACAGAUGAGAUCCGUUUGACUUUGGCUGGGCUGUAUCCCAGGUGACGCUGGAAUGAAAAUGGAGUCCACGGGACCAACAGUGAACAGGAUCAACACAGAAGGGGCACUCGAAGAUUCCUCAGAUGUUUUUGACUGUCCCAUUUGCCACGAUGUCUUCAAGACCCCAAUAAGGACAAGGACCUGCCAACAUGUGUUCUGUCAGAGCUGCUUCAGAACAGCAGUGCGGACCCAGGGCCCGCACUGCCCCCUGUGCCGGGGACCAGUGUCCGAACGGGAGAAGAGAGCAGAAGACAUAGUGCAGCGGAUGCGGGAGACGAGGGGACCGUGCAGGGCCUGUGGGUCUUCGACCCUCUACAGUAAGAUGAGGACCCACUACAAGUACUGCCCGGCAUAUAUCGAUGAGUACGGUCUGCCCGCAGCCUCUCGAAAUGUGCAGAGGGCCCAGAAUGGGAGUGCUAAUGGCCCUCAGCCCAUACCGCCCAUCGGGAAUUCCCCAGCUUUGCAUGUACGACACUUGUCCUCCUCGACUGGAAGUUCUGUGUCUAACAGAGCGACGGCCACAUACUCCUGCCCAUACUGUCAGCAACAGGGUCUGUCAGACAUGGCUUUGGUUCAGCACUGUGCCACCUCUCACACUGGGGACCUCACUCCUGUGGUCUGUCCAAUCUGCGUGGCCACAUCUUGGGGUGAUCCCAACUACUGCAGCCAAAAUUUCAUUGGGCACUUAAUGGCACGCCACAGGUAUAGCUACGACAUCUACAUGAACGUGCAUGAUGAUGAAGACACCCAGCUUCACCUCGCCAUCCAACACUCAAUACUGCAAAUGAGCGAAAGGAUAAUAUCAGCAUGAGGUCAUCUUAUUCUUUCACUUUUCCGUUUUCAGCAUUCGUCUACGAUCUACCAAUCAAAAUAACCAUUUAUCUACUUCUAUCUUUCUGUUUUUGGUUUUUUGUUCACUUUAUAUGCAGUCUAUACUACCAAACACCAAAUUAACCCAUUAAUGUCCGGAGUAGAAGUUUUGAAAUUCCACUGAUACACUUGUAAAGCUAGCUCAGCUAAGAAUAUGUUGCUCAGUCCAAUCUGUUCAAUUUUGUAAUACCGCCAAUGUAUGAGGCUACAGCAUAGGUUUUUCUUAAACCCAGUGUAAACAACUGUGGACAUUGUAUUGGCAUACUACUGUGUGUUUAGUCUUCAGCCAAAUAUGGCUUAAUAUAAAUACAUGAAAUUAAAAAGUUAUUGUAAUCUAA